UCUGAUAGUUCAGUUUUAGCAAGGCGCUGUUGGAUUUCUUUUAUGUGUAUCUAUUAAUUACCUGAUCCGUUUUUUAUGUGGAUAUCAAGUAGUGCGAAGAGGAUUCAUUACAUUGUAGCUACUCAUUGCACGGUGUAGCCUAUGGAUUGAAUUUUUUUAAUGCAAUUUCUACAUUGAAGGCUAUUUGAAACCGGCAUAAAAUAAGCCAGGCUAGCCAAGUUAUUUGAUUGAAUUCUAGGAAAGGGUGAAAUGGACCCGUUAUUGUAUAUUGCAGGGUUGGUAGUUUUAUUUUUGUUGUGGGUAAAAGUUAAAGGGUUAGAUUACGUAAUAAUUCAUCAAAGGUGGAUAUUUGUUUGUCUCUUCCUCUUGCCUUUAUCCGUUAUAUUUGACGUGUACUAUUACCUGCGAGCUUGGAUCAUUUUCAAGAUGUGCUCCGCUCCAAAGCAGCAUGACCAGAGAGUAAGAGACAUACAGAGACAGGUUCGGGAAUGGAAAAAGGACGGUGGAAAGACCUAUAUGUGUACUGGACGCCCUGGCUGGCUCACUGUGUCACUGCGGGUGGGGAAGUACAAGAAGACCCAUAAGAACAUCAUGAUUAAUAUGAUGGACAUCCUCGAAGUGGACACCAAGCGGCAGAUUGUGCGUGUUGAACCUCUUGCUAACAUGGGACAACUGACUGCUCUUCUAAACUCCAUUGGGUGGACUCUCCCUGUACUGCCAGAACUGGAUGACCUUACAGUGGGGGGACUGAUCAUGGGCACGGGCAUUGAGUCGUCCUCCCACAUCUAUGGCCUUUUCCAGCACAUCUGUGUGGCCUAUGAGGUGGUACUAGCCGAUGGCAGCCUGGUCCGCUGUACUGCUAAGGAGAACUCAGACCUGUUUUAUGCCGUUCCGUGGUCAUGUGGCACGCUGGGAUUCCUGGUUGCGGCUGAAAUCCGUAUCAUCCCGGCUAGGACCUGGGUCAAGCUGACGUAUGAGCCAGUGCAUGGCCUGGAAAAAAUCUGCCAGCGAUUCGCCCAGGAAUCCGCCAACAAGGAGAACCAGUUUGUGGAAGGGCUGCAGUACACCCUGGACGAGGCGGUGAUCAUGACAGGAGUGAUGACGGAAGAGGCGGAGCCAGACAAGAUCAACCGCAUUGGCCUUUACUUCAAGCCCUGGUUCUUCAAGCAUGUAGAGAACUUCCUUACUGAGAAUCGCAGUGUUGUAGAGUACAUUCCUCUACGCCACUACUACCAUCGCCACACACGUAGCAUCUUCUGGGAGUUGCAGGACAUCAUACCUUUUGGAAACAACCCCUUUUUCCGGUACUUAUUUGGCUGGAUGGUGCCGCCCAAGAUCUCCCUGCUGAAGCUGACCCAGGGGGAGACGAUCCGCCGGCUGUAUGAGCAGCACCACGUGGUGCAGGACAUGCUGGUCCCCAUGAAGCACAUUCAGAGCGCCAUCUUCCGCUUCCACGAUGACAUACACGUGUACCCCUUGUGGCUUUGCCCCUUUGUGUUGCCCAGCCAGCCUGGCAUGGUGCACCCGAAAGGGGAUGAGGAUGAGCUGUAUGUGGACAUUGGAGCCUACGGCGAGCCCAGGGUCAAGCACUUCCAGGCACGCGCCUCCACCCGGCAGCUGGAGAAGUUUGUGAGAGAGGUCCACGGUUUUCAGAUGCUGUAUGCAGAUGUGUAUAUGGACCGGCAAGAAUUCUGGGAUAUGUUUGAUGGCUGUCUUUAUCACAAGCUGAGGGAAGAGCUAGAUUGCAAAGCAGCAUUUCCUGAAGUCUAUGACAAAAUCUGCAAAUCUGCCAGACACUGACAGACUACAGUGGGACAGUAGUCUUGUUCCCGUUCAAGUGCCACUAUCUGGAAGAAACAGUCAUGCAGUUUGUACUACCGGGACAUUUGUGACAACACUUGUAAUACAGUGCUUUUUAUUUUGAAUUAAGACUUUUUGACAUGUUUAAAUCUAUUUUCUCUCAUAUGAGUUAAAAAAGCACAAGGCCAACAUUUUAGUAUGUCUGUACCAUAAAUGACUCUCUCCAAACUCUCCAAACUAUAAGAAUAGUUAUAAGCAUACAAGUCUUCUAAAAUUACCAUGGCCUCCCUGCAGCAGUUGUCCAACUGAUGAAUCCCCAGUUUAAUGUGCACAUUUCAUAUUGAGUGUUUUGUAAUUUAGCAAACUACCUGCAGAUGUAAGUGUAUUUUUUAUUCUUUUGUUUGUCUGGCUUAUCUGAAAGGAGUGGGAGCUGUACAAUGCCUGGUGGACCAUAUUGCUCAUACUAUAUUCUGAAAUAAUAAUGAAAAAAACACGAAAGAACUAACUCCAUAUGAAUUCAUUGCAUCUUACAAUAUGCUGUAAUUGUGGUGAUUGAAAUUAAUCCCCAUCCAGCACACAUAGCAACACAUGAAUACUAAUGUUAAAUCAUUAUCCUGUCCAAAGUAGUAAAUCUUCCUUAACUGGAGAAUUUCAGUGAACAAUUACUUCUUUUGUUUGUAGGUCACAUUUUUUGUAAUCUAGUCCUAAAUAGGAAUUUGUGUUUUUUAGGAUCUCAGAAUACAUUAUGUUGGUAAUUGUAUUGA